CUCCGCGCGCCCGGCUAGGGGUGGGGGGGCGCUGGGUGUGGGGCGGCUCCGGGGCCGGGGAUGGCGGCGGCCGCGGGUGCGGCGGCUCCGGGACGAACAGGAGAAGCCCUGGGAGCGCUGUGAGAUGGGCCGGCUCCCAGGCCACCCGGGAGGACAGGAACUACAGCUGCUCGGAAGCCCCCAGGGGAGCUCAGCAGAUGUGGGCACCCCAGCCAGCAGCAGAGAGGGGUGCAGGGAAGCCACAGAGAAGUCCCUUCUGAUGCCCCAAGGAACAAGCCGACCCCUUCCAACCUCCAGGAACACCACAAAGCAAUAUGAAACCUGUUCAUGAGAGGAGUCAGGAAUGCCUUCCACCAAAGAAACGAGACCUCCCCGUGACCAGCGAGGAUAUGGGGAGAACUACCAGCUGCUCCACUAACCACACACCCUCCAGCGAUGCCUCUGAGUGGUCCCGAGGGGUUGUGGUGGCGGCGGGGCAGAGCCAGGCAGGAACCAGAGUCAGCCUGGGAAGUGAUGGAGCUGAGGCCAUUACUGGUCUGACGGUGGACCAGUAUGGCAUGCUGUAUAAGGUGGCUGUGCCACCUGCCACAUUCUCACCGACUGGCCUCCCAUCCAUGGUAAACAUGAGCCCUUUGCCCCCCACGUUUAAUGUAGCGUCUUCACUGAUCCAGCAUCCUGGAAUCCACUACCCCCCAAUUCACUAUGCUCAGCUCCCGUCCACCUCACUGCAGUUUAUCGGGUCUCCUUAUAGCCUUCCCUAUGCUGUGCCACCAAGUUUCCUACCGAGCCCUCUCCUUUCUCCUUCUGCCAACCUCACCACCUCUCAUCUCCCACACUUUGUGCCAUAUGCCUCCCUCCUGGCAGAGGAAGCCGCUCCCUCGCCCCAGGCGUCAUCCCCUGCCCACUCAUUUAACAAAACCCCUUCUGCCACCUCCCCAUCUGGGCAGUUGCCACAUCAUGCGAGUACGCAACCACUGGACCUCGCUCCAGGCCGGAUGCCCAUUUAUUAUCAGAUGUCCAGGUUACCUGCUGGGUAUACCUUGCAUGAAACCCCUACAGCAGGUGCCAGCCCAGUUCCAGUUCUUACCCCUCAGGAGGGCCAGCCCACUCUGGAAACAGCUUCUGCCAAUGGAGGACAGAGGCGAGAACGAAAUUUAUUAAGACGAGAAAGUGAAGCCCUCGAGUCCCCCAGCAGCAAGGGUGAAGGCCAAGGACUGGUGCCAGUGGCGGAGUGUGUGGUGGACGGACAGUUGUUUUCAGGUUCUCAGACUCCACGGGUGGAGGUGGUGGCGCCAGCACAUCGAGGAACCCCAGACACGGAUCUUGAGGUGCAGCGGGUAGUUGGCGCUUUAGCUUCUCAGGAUUAUCGCAUGGUGGCAGCUCAGAGGAAGGAUGAACCUAGCCCCCUUAACCUGUCCCAUCAUACCCCUGACCAGCAGGGUGAGGGGCGAGGGUUAGCCAAGAACCCUGCAGAGCUGACAGAGAAAAAUCAGGCCCGUGGGCUCUAUCCUCAAUCCCAUCAAGAAGCGGUGAAACAUAGACCUUUACCCAAAGCAAUGGUUGUAGCUAAUGGCAACCUGGUGCCCACUGGAACUGACCCAGGCCUGCUGCCCGUGGGCUCGGAGAUCCUGGUGGCAUCAAGUCUGGACAUGCAGGGCAGAGCCACCUUCCCAGACAAGGAGCCAACGCCACCCCCUGUUACCUCCUCCCACUUGCCCUCCCAUUUCAUGAAAGGCGCCAUCAUCCAGCUGGCUACAGGGGAGCUGAAGCGGGUGGAGGACCUCCAGACCCAGGAUUUUGUGCGCAGUGCCGAAAUGAGUGGGGGGCUGAAGAUUGACUCCAGCACGGUUGUGGACAUUCAGGAGAGCCAGUGGCCUGGAUUUGUCAUGCUGCAUUUCGUGGUCGGUGAGCAGCAGAGCAAAGUGAGCAUCGAGGUGCCUCCUGAGCACCCCUUCUUUGUAUAUGGCCAGGGUUGGUCCUCCUGCAGCCCUGGGCGGACUGCACAGCUCUUCUCUCUGCCCUGUCACCGGCUACAGGUGGGAGAUGUCUGCAUCUCUAUCAGUUUACAGAGCUUGAACAGUAACUCAGUUUCUCAGGCCAGCUGCGCUCCGUCAGGCCAGCUGGGGCCCCGAGAAAGGCCUGAGAGGACAGUCUUGGGACCCAGAGAGCUUUGUGACAGUGAGGGGAAGAGCCAACCGGCAGGAGAGGGCUCCCGUGUGGUAGAGUCCUCCCAGGCUGAGCCUGGUGCUCAGGCCUGCUGGCCAGCUCCAAGCUUCCAAAGAUACAGUGUGCAAGGGGAGGAGGCACGGGCUGCGCUGCUCCGUCCCUCUUUCAUUCCACAGGAGGUAAAGCUGUCCAUCGAAGGGCGUUCCAAUGCGGGAAAAUGAACGUCUUCUCCAGACCAGGCAUGGGGAUUUAACCCCAGCGCUGAGCCUCACCAUAGGCAGGCAGAGGUGUUGCACACGCUGAGCAGGGAAAGGCUCUCUGGGGGAAAGAGGAGGUAUGGAGAUAGCCUCUCCAGGUGGGACCCGUUGCUCAUUGCCCCCAUGGCAUCCUUUCAAGACAGCCCCAGAGGGUGCUGUGUCAGAGCACAGCAGGCCUGAGCCAAGAAAGGAACGGGGUGCACACAGAAUAAGAAACAUUCCAAAACCAGGGCCUCCCUGUUCUUUCCUCUCCAUCCCUAGCUCUGGUGAGGGAAAGUACAGGCUUUGGGAGCAGGUGGCAGAGGGAGGCAGAAGAGAAAGAGCCAAAAAUGAUGAUCCACAGCUUAUAGUAGCAGUUAAACUGUCUGAAGUUUUUGUUUUUGUUGUUUUCUUCAUUUCUUUGGUGGAGGGCAGGAGGCCCAAUGGUUGGAAAUAAGAGGGUUCCCACCCAGGACCCGUCUUGUGAGCAAUGUGCACUUUAAAGGGUGAUUUUGUUACAGACGUCUGUGGCUGGGUUUGUUGGGGAGGAGCGCUGUCACCUGAAGGACUGUGCUUGAGCCUCUGCUCCAGCCCUUUCCUAUCUCUUCCUCACCAUCCCUACAAGGCUUCUAGGGGGCCGGAAGAGAGAGAGAGAGAGGCCUCUCCAGGGUUCACUGAAAAGGUUGGAGGACUCUGAGACAAGGACUUGAUAGCUGGGUGAUGUUGGGGCUCCAGGCAAGGCCUCUGGAAAGGCCUCACAAAGCUCCUCCCACACAGCAUGGCACACAAGUCGCUGAGCGCCUCGUUGGUAAAUGGUGACUUUGGAAAGAACCAGUGGAGCCUCUCUCCCAGGCACCCAUCCCCCUCCGACUUCUGUGUGUCGUGCCUAAGUGCCUGCGCUGCCCCCACCCUUUUGCUGCCCUGACCUUCUGCAUGUGUUGUGCCCUGGGCGUCAUUUGUGGCUGCACUGCCUCUCCUUUGCAAAGUUGACUGUCCUCCAACCAAGACCUCUGAUUUCCUUCUCAGCUAUGCUCUCUGGUUUUAAAAACUCAAAAUCAUGUCCCCUCCUCUGCUGCUGCUGCCAAACAGCUUGGUGGAGAACCAAGAAGGGAACUAUGCCCUGAGCCAGGGCAGAUGCCCCUGCUGGGCAAUGCCCAUCCUGGCACUUUUCCACAGCCAUUCCCAAGUUAAUCCACUGACUCUCACACCAUUCAGAACUCUGCAAGCUGUGCCCUCUCACCGCCAGCUCCAAGGUUCGAGGAUGUCCUUGAUAGUAUUUCAUUGCCUGAAGUAGAUUUUGUCUCGUGAUGGUAUAUGCCUCUGCAAAGAGUGUUUUCCAUCUUAUUUGCAUUUACCCCUGUACA